AUGGAGGAGAAGAUGAGGAAUGUGGUUAAGAUGGUGAAGGGAAUGAGAGUCGAGGUGGAAGAAGCCAUUGUUGUUGGAGGACAGCGGGGAGUACUUCUUCCGGGCCUGGCUCAGCAAACAGACCCGAUCUUCAACCAGCCUUCCUCCUCCUCCUACUCCCCGCUCUUCUGCAGCUCACCGGAGUGUGCCACCCUCGACGUCUCAUCCUGCCGCUCCGGGUUUGUCCACUGCCGUGAUGGGGGAAGCACGACGAAGAAGAAGUACAGAGCGGAUUCGCAGGUGGAUCUUAGGGUUUCUUUGUCUGCUGCGAUGGGGGAACUGAAGCCGGCGCGCGACGAAGAAGAAGUCGACUUCGACGAAGGAUCUGGGACAAGGGGGUCAAGGGGUAGAGUGGCUGGCUCCAUCUGCUCUAUGCUCUCUGAUGUGUUCUAUCGAAAAUGGUAG